GUUGGUUGCGAAGGCUGCAUUGGCUAGGUGUGGGCCUGAUACAUAUCGCUUGGAUGUCGCGUUUCGAGACCCCGCCGCCUCCCGCUCGCCGUGCUGACCGUGAGGACCGCCUGGCCAUGCCCACCCCGGCCAGGCGCCGCCGCCAGCGGUCCAGGAACGUCACCCCGCCGCCCCAGCACCUCAGACUGACGCCAGAGCAGCUGCGGCGCCUCCUCUGGGCGCCGCUGCGACGACCGGUGCGCAAUCAAAGGAUGGACGGAUGGAUGGACGGCCAGAUCUGGGCAUCGGAUAUCAUAUGGAUGGAUGGCUGGAUGGAUGGAUGUGUCUUGGCUGUGGUACCGUGUGGGUGGUUUGUGUGUCAUGCAGGUUGGCGGUUCUCGUCUGAUUGAUGGUGCCGUAGAGGAGUGUGUGCGUGAGGACGAGGUGGCGAGCCAUGUGGGUGAUGAGGAGGACCCCCCAAAGGCCCACCUCGACGAGGAGGCCAACGGGGCCGUUGCUGCUGCCGAUGAGGAGGUGAGACCCACCACACACCGCUGUGUGUACCAUUUCCGCCCAUCUCUUUUCGUUGUGUGUGUAUCAUUAUCAGGUUGUGUUGGGUGGUGUGUCGUCUGGUGCUGUGGUGGCUGCAACGCCUCCCAAGUUGGACAACACCAAGCGGCCCCGUGAGGGCCGCCGCCACCGUCGCACCUCCAUCGCUGGACGCCCCACCAUGGCCACUGCCGCCGACUACGUGUCGCCCUCCCCUGAGAAGCAGAAGAAGAAACACGCCAGACGCAUCACCGACCCACCGCUGCAGCUAGACACGGGAGCAGCAGCCGGCGGCAGCAUGAUGGAGGAAGCGUAGAUACGGAUAGCUAAGAUAGAGAGAGGGGCAAGAGAGUUACGGAUGGGCGCGUGGCUUAUUGCCGAUGGAGGGAGGGUGGCAGCCAGGGGAAGGGAGAGAGACGCCGAUAGAUGGCAUGGACAGGCAGGGCAGGCAGGUAGACAGACCGAUAGCCCGGCGGACUUGACUUGCCUGCGCGGCUGUGCGUGUAUCUGUGUCUGUGUUGCCACACGACACACUGACACAGCCGCCUAUUUUUUCUCACCCCCACUCCCUCCCUCGCAUCGUGAUGACUGUGAUAGCUAAGUGCAUGUAAUCCGUGCAUUUCCACACCUACGUGAUGCCCGUGUGUGCGGUGCCUGCCUGCGUGAAGACAGAGAGAGGAAGACAGAAUCCUGGUCGGUCCGCCGCAAGGGCCAGGCCGCGGGAGGGCGUCUCAUUCCUCUCUCCUUCUCUCUCUCCGAUGUGUGUAAUUGGGUGCAUGUAAUCCAUGCGUUGCCACACCGUCACGUCAUGCCGAUUGUCUGUGUGUGCCUUGCCUUGCCUGCUGUCAUUUCCCACCUCUCUCUCUGGCUUUUCUGAAUGGUUCCAUCUGUGUGUGGUUUGGUGUGAGGGGGAGAAACGCGACUGUGUGAGUGCGCGUGUGUGCGUGUGUUUGUUUGCUUGUGUGUUCGGCUGAUACGAUCCAUGUGUGUUGAUUGACAAGGCGGUCUGUGUGUCCUUUCCUUAAGGCACGUGCAUCCACCCCACCCCUCACUGACGCUACGCCUGUACCCACCUAGCCAACCAAUACACACUCAGCCAGCCAGUCGCCGAUAAUGUCUCACUCACCGACAGAUAUCAUCUCAUCGCACGACAAAGAGGGCAGCACCGCAUGCUCAUGCUCAUGCUCACUCAGCACCGAUGACGCGCACCCACCCACCCACCCACCAGCCAGGGCAGGCAGGCAGGCAGGCCCACAUCACGCACACACACGCAAAACCGUGGGCAGGUCAUUCGCCCACCUACGGCCAUCCAUCCAUCCAUCCAAGCGCCCCUUUGACCCGCUUCCGUGCAUGCGCAAAACACAACACACAUUCAAAGGAGCCAGUAGAUGACGCGCCCGAAACGAAGAAUAAGACCAUCGUACUUACAGACACAAAUAGCCAUCGCCACCGCCACCGUACGGUCACACACACACAGAGAGAGCCACCCAGACACACAAAGAGAGACAGAUGCAUGCCUGCCUGCCGAGCCAAUCGAUCGGUCAGUCAAUCAAUUAGGCCAGGUAGCUACGCUUUGCUUGGCUGGCACCGCGGCACACACACACACACACACAUACACAUGAAU